AUGUCAUAUUUCAGACACGACAGCGUUGGACAGUCUAUCCCAAGUAUGAGGAUGCUAUGUGACUCUUAUAUAGCUGUUGAUGUUCCGUUGUGCGACGAUAUCGGUUAUCAUCAAUCUUAUCAGGAUACUACUGAAAAUGAUCGCUCUGCGCACUGUACGUAUCCAUUAACGAAUUCACGACAACACGACCGAAAGCUGCUGAUGUUCCUUACGAUGGAUGUGGGAAGCUACGCUGAGGAGAGACUAAGACAAACAAUCAACUUUGAAGAAGCAAGCGAGUGCGUGGCAGCUAACUUGGACUUUUACGAGUGGAAGAUUUUAUUGGUUGCCGUGCAUAUGUAUGUUAUGGUUUUUCCUGCCUAUGCUAUCAUUCAAGUACUGAGAUGGAAAACAAUAGCGAGAUUGAAGAGCGACGUCAUGUCUGAAAAAACCAGGCGUAUGCAAUCGCAAUUACUAAAGGCAAUCACCUAUCAAUCAUGCUUGCCACUUUUCCUAGCUACAGGGAUGAUUUCUUGGAUGGUUGGAAAUGCUGUAUCACCCAAUUUUCCGCUGUUACAGUUUAUGUACAAUACUGUGGGUCUUGCUCCUAUCCUGAGUCCGCUAUUAUCUCUCUAUUAUAUCAAACCAUACCGAGAUUGGCUAAGUCAGAAGAUGCCAUGUGAAUCCCGUACUCACUCGUCCACCAAAGAUGUCACCAAACAACAACAACUCUCUAGUGUUGUUUCGUGA